AUGGGCUGCAAACCACACAUGAACUAAUUUACAACAUGCACUGCACGACUUGACAUUGAUCGUUUGCUUGCAGCCCAUUCAAAGGUGUGAGAUCACACAAAGUCAUGUCUGCCCCUCCAGGCCUGACGAUGCCAUCGUACCCUCCAUCGCACACGGCGUCCCCCUCGCGGCACAUCUCGACCUAUUCGACCUCCAGCACGACGUUUGGCACGAGCACGAGCACGCCGACCAGCGCCGCAGGGGCGAGCGCGACCUCGACGCUCCGGUACCCUUCGACCCGCAAGACCAUCUACGACCGGAACCUCAACCGCAGCCGCAACGCCGAACUCUCGCGGGCCAGCUUCGCCUACCUGUUCAUGGAGAUGGUGUCGUACGCCCACCGCCGGGUCAAGGGGAUCCAGGACUUUGAAAGGAGACUGAACGAGCAAGGGUACCCGCUGGGUCUGAAGCUGUUGGACUUGUUGCUGUACCGGACAUCCCCGGCGGGUUCGUCGUCGAGUUCCUCGAGCACCUCCUCCUCGACGAGCGGCGGCGCCGCCGCCAGCAGACCCUUGCGACUGCUGCCGCUGUUGACCCUGCUCACGACGAAACUGUACCCGCUGUUGUUUUCGAGGCCGGCCGACUCGCUGGAACAGUCCACCACGAACCCGGGCGAGUACAUGAUCAUAGACAACACCCCCCUGACGAACCAGUACAUCAGCGUCCCGAAAGAGAUGAGCCAGCUCAGCGUCGCCGCGUACGUCGCGGGCAUCAUCGAGGGCGUGUGUGACGGGGCGGGGUUCGAGUGUAAAGCCAGCGCGCACAAUACCGCGACGGACGUGUGGCCCAACAGGACGGUGUUUUUGAUAAAGUUUGAAGAUGCCGUGUUGGAGAGGGAGAAGGAACUGGAGAGGCAGGGCAUAAAAUGAAGAAGCAUCAACAAAACGAAUUGAGCGCCAACGUGGACCAAAGGUUUUAAAGAGUGGGUGUAUGAAUGGCCGAGGAAAGGCAAAGCAUUCUAUUGCCGUUCUCUAGAGUACAGUCGGAGCAGAAAAGGAUAUUUCUGGUUGUCCUCUGCGCCUGUUUUGCGUCGAUAUCGGCAAGAAGGAGUCAGACUAGAGAGAGCCUUGGAUUGGAAUCAGCAUAGCAAGAACAGGCACAUGCCACACUAUCUCCAGCAAUCACUUGCAGGAGGCGAUCGCUAAACAUUCGGCGGGAGUCUUGCAAAUCUUUUUCAACACGCUGGUCUCGCAUUCGAGGGCAUCACUGUUUGAACCAAAACUCUUCGUGGCUCUGAACAUCAACCCAUAAUCAAACGAGGAUCUAUGAUACCAAGAUGAAGAUGGAGCUCGGCAUGGCAGCCACUAAUGUUGCCUCAACACCCACGCACUUCGCGAUGUACCAAUCUAUGGAAAGCCGCAUUUCAAUGAUGAAUGAGACUUUGAAAGUGCCGAGAGGUGGAUUGUCGUAGGGACGUACUGUCGGUAUCCCGCGACGCCCUGGUCGACCUCAAGAAGGGAAGGACUGAUGUGGGCAGUGGUUAUUUGGGAAUUUCCACCCGUCCUGAAUUUCGACAUGGACAAGCAUCAUUACUCGCAGCCCUUGUGGCGUACCUCGUUGUCCACAGACUCCUGGAGUGUUUGUGCCGUGAGAGCCAGAUGCGGGAACCUGAAAGCCUCUCAUAUCUGGGGCCGGGUCAGAUGUGUGUAUAUCUAUGAGUGUUUAUUUGUAAGGAAGAAAACACCAUCAAUGGAGCACGGACUACCAAGCAGGGGAGCGAGCCAUACUAUACAAUACAUGUUACAGAUCAUGUUGCUCCCAAGACAGAUUCAUUAUGGUAUUAGUAGGGAGUCAGCUGUUAUACACACAUACUCGGUAUACGUCAUAUAAUG